UGUCUGUGAUAUUGUUUUUUUUUUCCGGAAGUUCAAAGUAGGCUUGGUGAAACAUGGCGAACGUAAACAAGUGCAGAAAAGAUCAUCAUCUGAAGAAAAUAGAGGAUGACAAAUAUUUGGCCUGCACUCUGAAGCAGUUCUUAGAGUCAAAUUUUGAGAGCUGUAUGAUGUGUGAUGGUUUCUAUGGAGGUAACUUUGGUCAGCCAGUGUGUAGCACUUGCCACCUAUUUCUGUUUUCAUCUCACAUGAAAGAGGAUGGAGAAGAAGGGGAGGAUGGGGAUAACAGAGUUUAUAAUCAGAAAGUGGAUUCUGAUGACUCAGGAACUGAGGAACCUGGAGUUGAAACAGACUUUUAUGCCAGCAGAGAUGUUCAAGAAAGAGAGGUGUGUCAAUUAGCCAGAAGACCAGCCCGGCAUAAGCCUGAUAAAUUAGCUGAGCGAAUCAAUGCAUUGACUAUUCCACGAGAAGUUGACAGAAUUCCUCCAGGACUAAUAGAAUCACUACCACCUGAAGUCCUGCUGCUAGUGUUUAAAAAUUUGGAUGACAUCUCUCUUUGGGUUGCUGGAAAUGUUUGCACUCGGUGGCGCCAAAUUUUGGAUGGGGAGAUCACUCAAUCAAAGUGGAAGCACUUCAUACAACUUCGCUGGCCGUUGUUUCAACUUCAGUACAAAGUCCACUGCUGGAAAACUAUUUACACACAGUUAUUACUGAGUUCUCCUUGUCGUUACUGUCUUGAAAGCAUGAUGCUCCAGAGUACACCUCCCAUUGAAGAAAAUUCUUGGAGGCACCGGAGGUUACGAAGUGAGCUGAAGACACUAAAAAGUGAUCCACCUGAGGGAAUACAGGCCACUCCCUUAGACCGUCACUGUUGCCAUUGGCAGGCAUCUAUCACAGGACCCCAAGGCAGCCCAUAUGAAGGUGGACUGUUUCUGUUGUACUUACAGAUUCCACAGAGUUAUCCGAUGAGGCCUCCAAAGGUUAGGUUCAUUACCAAAAUAUUCCAUCCUAAUAUUUCUCGUCAUGGAGAUGUGGGGCUGGACUCCAUCCACCACAACUGGAGCUUGGCACUGACCAUCUCAAAAGUACUGAUCAGCAUCCAGUCAUUGUUAACUGAUCCUUACUGCAACAUUUGCAUGGAGCCAGCCAUUGGCAAACUUUUCAAGCAAAAUCGGACACAAUUUGACCGGAUGGCUCGACUCUGUACCUGGAAAUUUGCUAUGCAUGAUUAUGUUAUGGCUUUUCCAAUAGAUCCAAAUGGUGUCUAGAGUAAAACUUCACACAAUCCAGUUACAAGGUCAAGGUUUUAAACCGUCAUUGACUGUCUUUAAGGACAUUGUAUUUCAUUGUUUGAGUCUCACUAUUGUUUUAAACCGGUUUUGUUUUAGAGAAACAAUUUCUUAGAGAUAUGGAUCAUUCACUGGAUUAUUAUGAUAUGUUUCUCCAAUGUUCAAGCCUGCUUUGUUAAGAAAUGCUAGUCAUCAGAGAAUGAAACAUAUUCUAGGAUGUUUGUACUUGAACAAAUCAUGCUCAAAUUUAGAUAUAAAAAAGCCAAAUAAAAAAAAAAAAAAAAACUUUUUCUC